CAGUCGCCGAGGAUUCAGUUGUACCUUCCAGUCAUCUGAAGAAUGUGUAGUACUUUGGAGUAACUGCUCUUCAGAUACUUGUAUAAACGGGUGCCUGCUAGUCACACAACAAGGACCAUUGUUCACAUUAGAAGAGGAAUGGAAUUUAAAGGAGAUGGGAAGGAAAAGUUCUUCAUAGUGACACGGGGGAAGGUGAGAAAAGGCUUCUCCAGAGGAUGCAUCGGCCGUGUGGAAGCAGUGAUGCAUAAGGGAGAGCUGAUGGGACUGUUGUACGGAGGUGGCAGCAGUGGGAAUCCUAAGAGCGGGGACAUGGUGAAGAGGGAGGACACGUACCCCCUCACCCGACACCAGGCCCAGCUGCUGCUCUUCGUGUCCCCCUCCAGCAAACGCCUGGAGCUCCUGUGUAACCCCCAGCUCUUUUCAGCCAUCUGUGUACUGUCUCAGGAUGACUUGGUAGUGGUUAAGCACAAGAAAGGUCACCAGCCAGGCCUGGUUCGGAACCUGAUGCUGAUCGGUAAGAAGGAGAACCAAGGGGACCUGCUGAUGCUGGGCUUUGAGGUUGAGUUUGUGCAGGACUCUGAUCAAACAGUGUCCCCUAAGAAGCCAGCUCCUCUCUCCCUGUUCAGUGCAGCAGACAUUGUCCAGGUUGUCCCAGCAUACUCUGUAGGCAUUGGCCCUCGCUGGAAAGACAGUUAUUCAGAGGGUCUAAACAGAAAGGCGGUGCCACCUAUCAUCUCCAUGUCUAAUAUGGGAUCUCGUGGACGACAAGUGAGAGGUAUAAACCAUUUAGACCAGAAUGUCACCCAAACCCCAACCCAAAGCCCGUCACACCACCCUUUUGAGGUGGGAUCCAUGGUGGAGGUAACAUCCAACACUGGGAUAACUGUAUACGGGGUGAUCCGUUGGAUGGGCGUCCUUUCAGAAAAUAAAAACGACUGGGCCGGAAUUGAGCUGGAUUAUGAGGUGAAUAAUUGCUCAGAUGGGACGUAUGGAGGCCAGCAGUAUUUCACUUGUAAAGGGGGCAGGGCCUUGUUUGUGCCCCUGACAAAGUGCAGUCCAGAUGGAAGGUUCUUAUGUCCCCCCUCUGAAAAGGAGACCCUCAAAGCAACAGAUAUCCCCCCAGUCAUUCCAUUGGAGGAAACAGAUGAGAAUGUCCCUCCUAUCCCUGAGUCGGAAGCCCUGUCUUUGCUCGUGGGCAAGAUGAAGGGGAUCCAGGGGCACUAUAACUCCUGCUACCUCGACACCACUCUCUUCAGUCUGUUCUGCUCAUCUAUGACCCUGGACAGUGUUUGCCACAAACCAGAUGGCACAGAAAAGAGCAUAUCUCGCUCUCUGAAGAAAGACAUUGUCAACCGUUUGCGCAGACAAGGUUUUGUGCCUGCUGAGAGCGUAAUGAACUUCCGCAAGCAGCUCGGGUGUGACACCUUUGUAACAGAAGAGAAAGACCCUGAAGAGUUCAUCACAAUCCUUCUACAGCGGGUGCUUUGCAUGAAGUCAUUGCUUAAACUCAGGUCGAAUGACGACACAUCUCAGGAUGCCUACACAUUCCAGAUUAUUCUGGAUAAGGAGCAGGUGACACAGACUCCCACUGUCCAGCAACUCCUGGAUAUCUCCUUGCUGUCUUGUGGCCUCAAGUUUGAGGAGAUCCCAUCCUGCCUCAUGGUCCACAUGCCAAGGUUUGGGAAGAAGUACAAGAUGUUCCCCUACAUUAUCCCCUCAACAGAAUUUGACAUCACAGAUCUUCUAUACAACUCCCCCCGAGAAUGCUUCCUCUGUGGGCGUUUGGCAGAGUACGAGUGCCCCCAGUGCCUACAAGACCGCAAGCUCCAGCCAGGAAGAAUCAAACAGUAUUGCACUACCUGCAAGACACAGGUGCACAUUCAUCCCUCUCGGCAGAGCCACUGCCCUAAAGCCCUGGCAGUGCCAGCGGAGGUGCCAGCAGAUGCCCCUGUACCCAGGCACAAAAUGCAGUUGUUCGCUGUGCUCUGUAUCCACACCAGCCACUAUGUGUCCUUUGUAAAGUAUGGCCCUGGCCCUCGCUCCUGGCUCUUCUUCGACAGCAUGGCAGACAGAUGUGGUGAUGACCAGAGUGGCUACAACAUUCCAGAGAUCAGGGCUUGUCCUGAGGUGGGUGACUUCCUGUCUCAGUCAGAGGAGGAGCUAGCGCGGGCUGACCCCUCCCAGGCUAGAGAGCCUGUCCGCAGGCUGCUGAGUGACUCCUACAUGUGUUUGUAUCAGAGUGCCUCAAUGGCACUCUACAGAUAAAGUCAGCACAAGGCUGAGGUGUACUGGGGAGAACACAGCAUUCUCACAACAAUGCUACAAUAACCCUGGUUUCAGAGUCGCCAUGGCGUCAAUUCAUUUUCACAGAAAUAAAACUGAUGAUUAGCUGAAGACCUUGAACUUUAUAGGCUUUUAUGAGAACAGAAAUAUUCACCAAGGUCUUCUCAAAUCUUUUUCUUUGUCAAUGUAGAGGUACUUCACCUUUGUUUCAAUAAAGAUUGAUUGAUGAGGUUGGGGUUAGGAAGGGCAAGUGAACUAUAUUAUUUUUUCCCCCCCUCAUUGCCUACACCAACCAUUUCCCACUCACUGCUUGUAUUUUGGCAAUGUUUUAUUGCUGCUAAUGUUAUGUAAACAUACAGUAUUGUAUACUCUAAAUCAGUGGUUCCCAAACGUUUUAUAUUCCGUACCCCUUCAAACAUUCAACCUCUAGCUGCGUAACCCCUCUAGCACCAGGGUCAGCACACUCUCAAAUGUUUUUUUUUGUUGCCAUCAUUGUAAGCCUGCCACACACACUAUACAAUACAUUAUUUAAACAUAAGAAUGAGUGUGAGUUUGUGUCACAACCCGGCUUGUGGGAAGUGACAAAGAGCUCUUAUAGGACCAGGGCACAAAUAAUAAUAAAUCAUUUUGCACUUUAUUUAUCCAUCUUACAUAUAAAACUUGAUUUGUUCAUCGAAAAUUGUGAAUAACUUACCACAGGUUAAUGAGAAGGGUGUGCUUGAAAGGAUGCACAUAACAAUGCAAUGGUGGAUUGUAUUGGAGAGAGUCUCAAGUCUUAAAUAACUGUCUACACACAGUCUGUGUCUAUUUAUUUUUCAUGCUAGUGAGGGCCGAGAAUCCACUCUCACAUAGGUACGUGGUUGCAAAGAGCAUCAGUGUCUUAACAGUGCGAUUUGCUAAGGCAGGAUACUGAGCGCAGCCCAAUCCAGAAAUCUGGCAGUGGCUUCUGAUUAAAUUACAUUUUCACAUAACCGCUUGUUGCAAUUUCGAUGAGACCCUCUUGUUCAGAUAUUGGUAAGUGGACUGGAGGCAUGAAAGGGAUAACGAAUCCAGUUGCUUGUGUCAUCCGUUUUGGGAAAGUACCUGCAUAAUUGCGCACCCAACUCCGGUGCUUUGCUAUAUCACAUUUUACUUUGUCCGUAAGCUUGAGUUCAUUUCCACACAAAACAAAUCAUACAAUGAUGGAAAGACCUGGGUGUUGUCCUUGUUAAUGCAGUCAGAGAAGAGCUCCAACUUCUUAAUCAUAGCCUCAAUUUUGUCCCGCAAAUUGAAUAUAGUUGCGGUCAGACAAGUGAGAAUUAUGGUCAGUAAAGAAAACAUUAAGCUCAUCUCUCAAUUCCAAGAAACGUGUUAAUACUUUGCCCCUUGAUAACCACAGCAUUUCUGUAUGUUUUAAAAGCGUUACAUGGUCGCUGUCCAUAUCAUUGCAUAGUGCAGAAAAUACACGAGAGUUCAGGGGCCUUGCUUUAACAAAGUUAACCAUUUUCACUGUAGUGUCCAAAACGUCUUUCAAGCUGCCAGGCAUUCCUUUGGCUCGGUGAUUGCUGCAGUAUACCCAAGUGGCGUCGGGAGCAACUGCUUGCAUGCGCGUUAUCACUCCACUAUGUCUCCCUGUCAUGGCUUUUGCGCCAUCAGUACAAAUACCAACACAUCUUGACCACCAAAGUUCAUUUGAUGUCACAAAGCUGUCCAGUACUUUACAAAUAUAAUCUCCUGUUGUCCUGGUUUCCAGUGGUUUGCAGAAGAGGAUGUCUUCUGUAAUUGACCCCCCAUAAAUGUAACGGACAAAUACCAGGAGCUGGGCCAGGCCCGCCAUGUCUGUUGACUCAUUCAGAUGUAAUGCAUAGAAUUCACUGGCUUGUAUGUGAAGUAGUAAUUGUUUGAAAACAUCUCCUGCCAUGUCCAUGUGUCGUGAAACAAUGUUGAUUGAUGAAGUAAUUGUCUGUAUAGCUUUUUUGGCCUUUUCCCCCAGCAUUGUCCCAGCCAUAUCUGCGGCAGCUGUCCUAGCCACUCGGUAGCUCACCAUAUAAGACGCUUCUAGCGCCUUCUUCUUAACCUCUCUAGGGUAUGCUUCCCACCUGGCCAACAUCCAGUGAGAUUGCAGAGCGCCAAAUUCAAAUACAGAAAUACUCAUUAUAAAAAUUCAGAAAAGAUACAACUAUUUUACAUAGGUUUAAAGAUGAACUUCUUGUGAAUCCAACCACGGUGUCAGAUUUUUAAAAUGCUUUAAGGCAAAAGCAUACCGUACGAUUAUUUGAGAACAUCGCCCAGCAGACAAAUCAUUACAAACAGUAACCAGCCAAGUAGAAGAGUUACACAAGUCAGAAAUAGAGAUAAAAUGAAUCACUUACCUUUGAUGAUCUUCAUAUGGUUGCACUCAGAAGACAUUCAUUUAUUCAGUGAAUGUUCCUUUUGUUCGAUAAAGUCUCUCUUUAUAUCCAAAAACCUCUGUUUUGUUCGCGUAUUUUCUUCAGUAAUCCACAGGCUCAAAUGCAGUCACAACAGGCAGACGAAAAAUCCAAAUUGUAUCCGUAAAGUUCAUAAAAACGUUUAUAUUCAAUCCUCAGGUUGUUUUUAGCCUAAAUAAUCGUUAAUAUUUCAACCAGACAAUAAAGUUGUCAAUAUAGAAGGCAAACAAGAAAGGCACUCUCUCGGUUGUGCACUUGAAAAAGCUCUGUGACACGGCAGAGUAAACUCAUUCAGACUGCUCUUACUCCCUCAUUUUUCAGGAUACAAGCCUGAAACCAUUUCUAAAGACUGCUGACAUCUAGUGGAAGGCAUAGGAACUGCAAUUUGAGUCCUAAGUCAAUGGAUACUGUAAUGGCAUUGAAUAGAAAAAGGGGGGGAAAUCCUACUUCCUGAAUGGAUUUUUCUUAGGUUUUCGCCUGCCAAAUCAGUUCUGUUAUACUCACAGACACUAUUGUAACAGUUUUGGAAUCUUUAGAGUGUUUUCUAUUCAAAUCUAACAAUUAUAUGCAUAUCCUAUCUUCUGGGCCUGAGUAUAAGGCAGUUUAAUUUGGGCAUGCUUUUCAUCCAAAAUUCCAAAUGCUGUCCCCUACCCUAGAGAGGUUAAUGGUAUCUGUUGCUGUUAUACAUGUCUUACUACUCAAAAGUCAGCUUAAUUCUCGUUCAAAAAACUCCCGUGGCUUAUUUUUUAAAUUGGCAUGUUUUGUUUCUAAUUGUCUGCACAAGAGUGAAGGUUUCAUCGAGUUGUGAGAUAUAACUUUUGCACAUAUAACACACUGUGGCUGAGGAAAAGCACUACUCCCAAUAUACGUGAACCCCAAAUCAAUGUUGUGCUCGUGGAAGCAGAACAACUUGUGUCGUCGACAGCUGCAGGUGUAGUACUGCUGGUAGUAGUAUUACUACAAGUAGAGCUGGUAUGUGUCUAUGGACGCGAGCCUUACUUUUUGAACCAUUUGUCCAUUUUCGAGCAAACGGAAUGAGCAGCAGCUACAUUUGGCUGCAUACGGACCGUUAGUGGAAUUCCUGUGAGAGAGUAACGGUGAAUGUGAUUGGAUGUUAAUUAUUUGACUAGGCUACUUGUAUUUGACAUUGUGUUGUUAUUUCGCUGAACACGAGAUGGUUUAGUUUUAUUUUUGGCAGUGAAACGUGGCUACUCAGGCGAGGGAAAAAAACUCACCCAAAUGUAUAGCCCCGUUGGAAAAUAUAAAUGGACUGUUUGAAAAUGUGAAGAAAAUACAUUUUUAUUAUUAAAAAAAUUAGUUAAUCACAUUUUUAUUUGGCGUACCCCGGAUGGCAUUCCCAGUUAGGGAAUACCUGCUCUAGAUUUAUGGAAUUGGAUCCAUGAUUAGGACUUGUGGAAUUCAAUAAUUAAUUAUAUACUCUGGUACCUUUAUAUGUUGUAUUCACUGAACAUGCUGUUGAAAUGACAAUGUUGAGUUAUCCAUGCCUAGUUAAACUUGAUUGAAACAGUGCUCGACAUGAUCAGAAUUUGCAUUUAAACUA